CAUUGAGCGCGGCGGUCUGACACCAUGUCGGAUCCUGAAUCGUCUAAAGAACACCAUGCUACCAACUAGCUACGAUAUAAAAAUGUAGCUAACCGCACAUAGCCUUUGGUAUGAAAAUCCGCGUAUAUACUUAAACAAGGUAGUGCAUCAAGAAAGUUGUCAUGGAUCAAAGGGACUCCUCACCACUCAAACACUUUGUAUUGGCAAAGAAGAAGAUCAGCACAGUGUUUGAGCAGCUGCUGGAGUACGUCCAGGAAUGCUCUGAUUUUGUAGAAGAAACGUGCCAAAAUGAGGACCUGCAUUGCAUUGCUGAGAAGGAGCAGCAGGCUGAGAUACAGGCCUAUGCUGAGAAGCUGUCUGUGAUAAGAGAGGUGCUGGCCCGCAGACAUAUGAAGGUGGCCUUUUUUGGCAGGACGAGCAAUGGUAAGAGCACAGUGAUCAACGCCAUGUUGCGGGACCGGGUUCUGCCCAGCGGAAUCGGCCACACCACCAACUGCUUCCUGAGCGUGGAGGGCACUGACCAGGAUAAGGCCUACCUCAUGACCCAGGGCUCGGAGGAAGAGAAGAGCAUCAAGACAGUCAACCAGCUGGCUCACGCGCUGCAUAUGGACCAGAGCCUGGAUGCGGGCUGCCUCGUCAAGGUGUUCUGGCCCAAGAGCAAGUGUGCCCUGCUGAGGGAUGACCUGGUUCUCAUGGACAGCCCGGGGACCGAUGUCACAUCAGAGCUGGACAGUUGGAUUGACAAGUUCUGCCUGGACGCAGACGUCUUUGUGCUGGUAGCCAACUCGGAGUCCACUCUCAUGAAUACGGAGAAACAUUUUUUCCACAAAGUGAGCGAGCGUCUUUCGAAGCCAAACAUUUUCAUCCUAAACAACCGGUGGGACGCGUCUGCCUUGGAACCGGAGUACAUGGAGGAUGUUCGGAGACAGCACACAGACCGCUGUGUUGGCUUCCUUGUAGAGGAGCUGAAGGUGGUCGACAGGGACAAGGCACUUGAUCGCAUUUUUUUUGUCUCUGCCAAAGAGGUGCUGAACUCCAGAAUGCAGCGUGCUCAGGGCAUGCCUGAGGGGGGUGGUGCUUUAGCUGAAGGGUUCCUGGACCGAUUGCAGGAGUUCCAGAGGUUUGAGAGAACCUUUGAGGAGUGUAUCUCGCAGUCAGCAGUGAAAACAAAGUUUGAGCAGCACACAGUCAGGGCUAAGCAGAUCAUUGAGACUGUCCAAACCAUCAUGGACUCCAUCAAUAUCGCUUCGGCUGAAAAGAGGGUCCUUUCACUGGAGGAGAGGGACUCCCAUGUGGACCGUCUGGACUUUAUCCGCAACCAGCUGAACCUCAUGACUGAGGAUGUUAAGAGAAAGAUAAAGACCAUCACUGAAGAAGUCGCAUCCAAGGUGUCCGUGUCCAUGUCCGAGGAGAUCAGCCGUGUCUCUACGCUAAUCGAUGAGUUUCACUCCGAUUUCCAUCCUUCCCCUUACAUGCUGAAACUUUACAAGACUGAGCUGCUCACGCACGUAGAAGAGGGAUUGGGGAAGAACCUGGCUUUCCAGUGCUCCAGUACAGUCGACACUAUUGUACAGUCAUCUCAGAAAGAUAUGAUAGACAGAAUUCGGCCUUUGCUGCCCUCUAGUGUCCAGAGCCAGCUCUACAUGCACGUUCCGUGCAGGAAGUUUGAUCUCAGCUAUGACCUUAACUGUGCAACGCUCUGCUCUGGCUUCCAAGAGAACAUUGAAUUCCAGUUCACCCUGGGCUGGACUGCCCUUGUCAACCGCUUCCUGGGUCCCGCCAAUGCAAAGCGGGCUCUCAAGAUAGUGGACCAGAACUUUCAGAUUCCUCGGCCCCUGGUCAGUGCUACAUCGACCUCUGCUGGGCCCCUGGCUCAGGAGGCCACAGCAUCUCCCGAGCAGCUCAUGAUGUCCGUGGCCUCGGUGACAUCACAAGCCUCCAUGGGCGUGCUCAUCACUGGGGGUGUGAUGUGGCGCUCAAUGGGGUGGAGGAUGAUUGCGCUGUUCUUCGGGCUGUACGGGUUACUCUACCUUUACGAGAGGAUGAUGUGGACCACCAAAGCUAAGGAGAGGACCUUAAAGCGGCAGUUUGUGGAUUAUUCCAGCGAGAAGCUGCGAAUGAUCGUCAGCCUAACCAGCAGCAACUGCAGCCAGCAAGUCCAGCAGGAGAUGGCCACCACCUUUGCACGGCUGUGCCGCCAGGUUGACCUGAGCCAGAAGGAGCUGGGAGGAGAGAUCGACAGGCUGACCACCAGGAUCCAGCAGCUGGAGACCGUGCAGAGUCGCUCCAAGACUCUCAGACACAAAGCAACCAAUCUGGAGUCUGAGCUGGACAGCUUCACAGCCGAGUACCUGCAGCCUCAUCAGUGAGCUUAGGGGAAUCCACUGUUAGGUGCUCAGUGCCAGACAAUCUUUUGGUCUGGACUCUUUCCUGUUACUGCCUUGGUAAAACUGAGUUUCAAUGGUUACUGCGGUUUUCCUCUGGGUUACCUCCAAUACUAGACUUUUGUGCCCUCCGACAGAUGGGAUGAUAUAAGUUGUAACUUACCCAGGAAAAAAUAGACUCGUAAAAUAGUAAAUCCUUUUAACCCUACCCAAUCCUAAGUAUUAUGGACAAGCAAGCCUUACAUAAAUGACACGACUAAUAAAUUACAUUGCACUCACUUAUUAAUAAUACCUAGGUAAAGUGCAUAGAUACUGCUUUAUAAUAACAUAGACAUGUUAGCAUUAAAGUGAUCUAAUAUAAUUAAAAAUAAAACUAAUUACAAAAAGUAUUAAGUGUGAUUCACACAUUUAUUGAAAUGAUCACUAUUGGCAGAUGCUACUGUAAGGAUGCCAGUUGGAGAGAUAAACUGGUGGCAAUAUGGCUUAGAUACAGAGGAAGAAUUCUGUAAGGAUGCUGGGAAUGAAGUAAACUGUUGGCGAUGUAUGUGGGAGCAACUAAAUAUGUCACAGGUUGCAUGGGUUAAGGUUGGCUUGGGUGAUUUAUUUCAUGGUCAAGUACAAGUGUUCCCCCAUAAUAAGUACAAUUAUUUAUUCUGUUCAGUUCUGUUAGCAUGAUGAGUAGCUACUUCACUGUUCACUGUCCAGCUAAUGGAAUGGACAGGAGUACAUAGUAAACUAAAUGGCAAGUGAAAGCCUUAUCCAACUGGAAGGACUGUACAAUGAAAUGGAUGGUUUGAGCAUUGAUAUAAUAAGAAGCUGACAGACAGUAGUAUAUUUAAAUUAAAUGCUUUUACGACUGUAUGCGUUACAGUAGAGAAAUCAAACUGUGCUAAGUCCCUGAUUGGCUGAAGAAUUCACACACCUUGCUUCCAAGGCCUCAGUUGGCUGCUGAUUGAAAGGAAACCACAAAAACCUGGACUGGACUUUGAGAUCCUUGCUUUACAGUAUCUGUCGAUGAACAAUGAAAUGUUUUUCCCAAGUGAACAAUUUUACUGUGAGCAGUGAAUAUUAUUGUAAAUUAGGUGGUCAGAUCAGUUUAAGAUCUCUGUCAGUAUUUUGAUUGUUACCUCUGAAAUGAGGCAUUUUGAGAACACAUUUUUGAAUUUGCAAAUAAUAACCAAGUUAUGAUUUUGUGGGCAAGGCGGGCUAGUUGCAACAUUGGAUAACAAAUUAUUGUGGAUACUUUUUUGUACCCAUUUUAUACUUUUCAUCUGUUUGAGUUUCUACAAAUCUGACCUGCAAUUCCACUUCGCACUUGUAUUUUACCAGGUAGAGUUUACAUUUUAUGUAUUUGUGUUUGUGUCAUUUGUUGAUAUGUCUGCAAGGCAAAAUCACUCCUAUUACUGUGAAUUAUUUAUUUUCUGGACAGAUUCAAUAAAUAAAUAAGAUUA